UAGUGUUAUGGGGUGAGCCAAUAAAAGCGACUGAUCGCGGUUCCUUGGUCUUCUUUGCGGCCGUGCAGCAGAUCUUGCCUGACACUCAGACCUUCUACUAAUUCGGAGAAAAAAUCCAGCUAGCUAAACAUCAUCAUGCCUACCAACUUCGCCGGAAAGUGGACCUCUUGCAAGUCCGAGAACUGGGACAAGUUCUUGGGCAAAUUCGGCGUGCCCCUGGAAAAGCUCCCGGCCGACAUCAAGGUAACGGAGGAAAUCACCCAGAGCGGUAACAAGAUCACCAUCAAGACCACCAACAACAAGGACGACAAGGUCAAGGAGGUGACCAUCAACGUGGGCAGCAACUUCAAGGACACACUGAUGUCCGGCGUGGAGUUGGAGUUCACCACGGCAUGGCAAGGGGACAAGCUGGUCUUGACGGGAACCGAUGGCAAGGGAUCGGCGGUCCGUGAGAUGGACGGCGCUCACAUGAAGGUCUCCCUAACCCACGAGGGCACCACCGCUACAACCACCUAUGAUAAGGCCUAGGCUACGAAUCCAUCACAGAUCCAACGGCCAGGCACAUAGUGGGGUGUCUACACGUGACGGAUCUCAUGCAGCCUUGUAAAAAAGUGCACUGUCUUGAAAGAUCUUGUCCACUUUAGUAUUUCAUGGUAUAUAUCUUUUCUUUUUUACUCUGAUCGGUUGUAAGCAUCUCGUUCUCGACGUAAAUCCCUAUUUUGUCUGGCCAGAAGAUCUGGGAGGGAGUUAUCGGGUCAGUUUGUCAUAUACAUGUUUGCUGUGACUGAUGUUUGAAUUGAAAAUCGGUUUAGUUAAGUGUCAUUUCAAAAAAUCUCGAGAGCAAUAUUUGGUACAUGUAAUUGGAAUCGUUCAAUUUUUCAUUAUUUGUUCCCUAUUGUAAAAAGAAACGGUUCGGUUGUGUGACCUACAUGUCACAAGAAGAAAAAUGUCCAUGCCAUGUGGAUGAACAGUUGUUACAGUUCGACCACUGUCACAUUCGGUACUCUAUGAACAAUAAGAUCAGACAACUGUUAGUAUCGAGACCGUUACAAAGCGGACGAACGACUGUUUCCUCCCUUCAACAAAUCAGUGGCAAAUAUAGUUUGGUUUUUAAUUGUCGGUAUACUGUGACAUCAUAUGGAUUAGUACUUGAAAAGUGCUUGUGUAAAAUCAGCUUGUACCAAUUCAAUUGGCGUGGUUUGGAAUGGUAGAUAAGGGCGCCCGUGGUGUCUGAAUGGAACCCCACACAGUGCCAAUUGCCCUCUGACCCGCUCUUCCAUUUACGUCAUUGAAUAUAUAGCUGCAGCAUUUUCUUUAACACAAACUUCUCUUUGCUUUCUAAUUUUUGUUUGUUAUGGAAAUGUGUCCAAUCCAAUGAUGUAACAAAUGCGGAAGACAAACAGCUAUGAUUUUCAAAUGUAUCGAAUAAAGUGUGCAAUAAGAGUUAAGAAGCAGAAA